UUUCAUGUAGGGUGCUUUGAGUGUUGCAUCAAAUGCCUGGGAGGUAUUCCCUAUGCAUCUUUAAUUGCUACCAUCUUGCUGUAUGCUGGCGUCGCGCUGUUCUGUGGUUGUGGACAUGAAGCACUUUCAGGAACUGUCAACAUUCUGCAAACCUACUUUGAGAUGACAAGAGUUGCAGGAGAUGUUAUUGAUGUCUUUACCAUGAUUGACAUCUUCAAGUAUGUGAUAUAUGGUGUAGCAGCUGCAUUCUUUGUAUAUGGCAUUUUGCUGAUGGUGGAGGGAUUCUUUACAACUGGUGCCAUCAAGGAUCUCUAUGGGGAUUUCAAAAUCACCACUUGUGGCAGAUGUGUCAGUGCCUGGUUUAUUAUGCUGACAUACAUCUUUAUGUUGGCCUGGCUUGGCGUAACGGCUUUCACUUCUCUGCCUGUUUACAUGUACUUCAAUCUGUGGACCAUUUGCCGAAAUGCCACUUUAGUGGAUGGAGCUAAUCUCUGCUUGGAUCUUCGCCAGUAUGGUAUUGUCACAAUUGGAGAGGAAAAGAAGGUUUGCACCACAUCAGAAAGUUUUAUCAAGAUGUGUGACUCUAAUGAGCUAAACAUGACAUUCCACUUGUUCAUUGUGGCACUUGCUGGAGCUGGAGCAGCAGUCAUUGCUAUGGUCCAUUAUCUCAUGGUCUUGUCUGCCAACUGGGCCUAUGUGAAAGAUGCUUGCAGAAUGCAAAAAUAUGAGGAUAUUAAGUCAAAGGAAGAGCAAGAGCUUCAUGAUAUUCAUUCUACUCGCUCUAAAGAGAGGCUCAAUGCUUACACAUAAAAGAAUCCUUCUCUUACUUUCUAACAUGUGAAUGCUUUGUUGUUUAACUAAAGGUCAUCCAAUCAUUUUAAAAACAAUUGAAAGUGCUUCUCACAAAAGAUAGUUUGGGUGACUUACAUAUCACUCAUAUACAAUUCUUGGUUGUCUAGCACUUGGUUUUUUAAUUAGUUCUUACUUUGUGUGACCAUUCUCUACCACAGAGCUCCUAAAUAGCCUUUCCUGAAUCCUGUUAAGCUAAUUAGUUCUGCUAGAUGAAGGAUACUAAACUACUGUCAAAUACAAAUAUGUGUUUGAUUUUUUUAAUCACUUUGUAUGUGUUAUGCAUAACACCUUUUGCAUUGUUUCUUAUAUGUUUUUGGAAAAAAAAGAUAGCUUUUUAUACUUUUUAGUUUUGAGUUCAAUAAC